AUGAAAUGCCAUGUUGUCAGAAGCCUGUUGCCUGCCGUCAUUGGCUCUAGCAUGGUCAGCCGCUUGAAACCUCAUCAACGGCUGCUAUCGCGAUCUCGACCUCGACCUCUUCGAGUUCACAUCACAUUGUCUCUUCUUUCACUAAGAGCUCUACUACUGGACUCCAUCAUGGCAGUCCUCAGCUCAUGCUACUCGUUCUUCACCAGCUCCACUACGCUCAACAUUACGUUGCGGACUAUGUUCCUGGCGGCUCUCACCUCCAUGCUCUUCAACGCCAUCGACCUUCGUCUUCCAGUCCCAGCGGCGGUGGAAGAGUUGACCGUCGUGGUUGUGCUGCUCGCCCUGGAACUUGGUCUCAGCCGCCGCCAGGACAGCACGACCAAGAAGAGCAAGCCAUGCCCCGGUGAGCGGCGUGUCUACGAAGAUGUCACCGGCCUGGCUGGGCGGCUCCAGGCAGCAGCCAAGGCAGGUGACACGGAUGCAGCAGAGGCCCUCAUGGAGAGGAUUCUGGGCGAGGGUACCAAGCCCAGCUUGGUUUGCUAUGGAGCCUUGAUCUCAGCCUUUGCUAAAGCCGGGGACGUGAAGCGUGCGGAGUAUUGGCUGGAGGCUCUCGAAGCCUCCGGUGUUGGCAGCCCUAACGGGAUCUGCCUGAAUAUGUUGAUCAGUGCCUGUGCCAAAGCCAAUGCUGUUGAUCGUGCAGAAUAUUGGCUUGUGAAGAUGCCUUCUUUGGGAUUGAGCCCGGAUGUCAUGAGCUACAACGCCGUCAUCGAUGCUUGCGCAAGGACGGGGGACGUGGUUCGGGCAGAGCGUUGGCUUGAGAAGAUGAAGGCUUCUGGCACAACCCCCAAUGUUGUCAGCUACAGCUCCGUGUUGCAUGCUUGUGCCCGCAGCUGCGAUGCCAGUCUGGCCGAGCGCUGGCUCGAGCGCAUGUCGAAGGAGGGCGCCGAGCCGAAUGCCAUCUGCUACAAUGCCGUGAUCAACGCUUGGUGCAAGGAGGGCAACACUCGACGUGCUGCUCAUUGGCUCGAGCAGAUGUCUCAACGAGGAGUCCAGCCCACCGUUAAUAGCUACAGCACAAUCAUCGACAAGUUGGCAAAGGCUGGUGACAUCGACGGUGCCGAGACCUGGCUGAUGCGUAUGGCAGAGGCAGGCGUGGAGGCAGAUGCCGUCUCUUACAACAUGCUAUUCAGCGCUUGCAGCAAGAUGGGCGAUUCAGUGAGGGCCGGCAAGCUUUUCGAUCAGAUGAUGCAGCGGAAGGUCACCCCAAAUACAAUCUGCUUCAACCUGAUCAUCAACACCCACAGCCGUCAAGGUGAUUUCUACGCUGUUCUGCGACGUCUGCGGCAGAUGCGCGAGCAGGGCAUCCAAGCGGAUCGUGUCAGCUUCAACACCUCGCUGAAGGCCUUCUCGCGUUGCUCCGAUUGCAAGGCCGUUGAGAAGCUCCUGGAGGAGAUGCAAAGUGCCGGUGUGAAGCCCGACGUCGGGGCCUACAACACCUUCAUUGCGGUGUGCAUGCGUGCCAAGGACGCUUCGAAGGCCGAGGAAUGGCUGUGUCGAAUGACAAGUGCCGGCGUUCAGGCAGAUGCCGUGAGCUACUGCACCAUGAUCGAUGCCUUUGCACAGAGCGGCGACUUGCACCGUGCCGAGAAAUGGCUCGAGAAGAUGGAGCGUUCUGGGCUCCAGGUUGGUGCCACAACCUACGGGUUGCUGAUCAGUACAGUCGCGAAGAUGGGCGACGUUGGCCGGGUUGAGCGCAUCUUCGAGCGAAUGGACCGUGCCAACGUCGAAGUCAAUGGCUCCACCUACAACGCGCUCAUCUCGGCCUGCGCUCGGAAGGGGGACGUGGACCGCGCCGAGUUCUGGCUGAAGAAGCUCCUGAAGUCCAACGCGCAGGCGGACGUCGCCAGCUACUCCUCGGUGAUCCACGCGUGUGCCAAGGCGAACAGCCUUCGCCGGGCCGAGGCUUGGAUCGAACAGAUGGAGCACGACGGCAUCCCAGCCAACGUGGUGACCUACAACAGCGUGAUCAACGCCUGCGCACGCUGCGGGGACGCCACACGUGCCGAGUACUGGUUUCAGAAGAUGACGGCUCAGGGAGUGCAGCCGGGAGUCCUCACCUUCAACUCCCUGGUGAACGCCUGCGCCAAGGCCUUGGAUGUGGAUCGCGCCGAGAAGUGGCUCCAAGAGAUGCCACAGCACAACGUCCAGCCGGAUGACGUGUCCUACAGCACCGUGAUCCAUGCCUGCGGCACUGCCCAGGAACCCGAGAGAGCCGAGCAAUGGAUGAAGCUGAUGAUCUCCUCGCUUUCCAGCCAAGGUGAAAAGCCGGGCUCUUUCUGCUACAAUUCCAUUGCCCAGGCCUGGGUUCGAGCUGGCGAUGUGGACCGGGCCAUGCACUGGCUUUCAGAAGCAGAACGCCUUGGGGUGGAAGUGUCCUCUGCGAGCUUGAACGGUGUUGUAAGUGCACUGACCAGGGCUCGCCGACACAGCGAGGUGGAGCUUUGGUCCUCGAAGGUUCGCAAAGGUGAUCGGGGCGACAGGGGCGAGCGCCGCUACCCGCAACGACGCCAGGCUCCGGGCCUUGAGCAGGUGAAGCGACUCGCCACGUUCCUUUGCUUAAAUAAUUCGAAGAAGGUGAAGCUGCACCUCCACAAUGCCUACCGCGACACACACUUCUGGAAGCUGAGUGAUGGUGCCGACUUCCAGAAGGAAGCCAGAGCCGCAGAGAUGAGAUCCCGACCCCACUAUGAGGUUGGCUGCCUGGAGAUUGACACAGAGAUUACAGCAGCAAAGAAGUUUCUGGAGAAGUUCACCUGGACAAAUCCAGACAAUCUCUGGGAGGAGUUUGAGGCACCCUUCUUGGACAUGGGCGCCAGUGUGCUGAACCAGAAGUCCAAACGCUUCAAGCUUCAGAUCAUCAAUCGAGCCCUUGUGCUCGCGAAGUUGAGCAUCCAGCUUUCCAACACAGGGCCCUUGAGGCUUCCGUGGAAGGACUGCAUGGUCGGACCAGGGCAGCAUGUCAACGUCCUGAUCGACACAGCACCCAUCGAGUGUGGUGAGUGGCGCGGGGCCAUCCGCGUUCUGGGCAGUUGGGCCGGGUUCUUUGGGAAUGUGGAGGGGGAGGUGUGCAUCCCCACCUACUUCAGGGUUCAGGCGCAGCAGAAGGACAAGGACGCAGGGAGGACUCUGCCGGUGCACGCUCCGAGACCUUUCCGGCCGGGCAGCGCGAACAGGAUCUGGAUCGACCCAGCGACGUUGCACCCACAGCAGCUCCGGAGCCCGACGCCACUGCGGCUUCGGCCGGCGAGCUCCUCGGCCAGCAGCGCCAAGCAAGAGUCCCAACAAGGCUACCGGCCGGGAUCCUCAAGGACCGGGGUCAGCACGGCGGUGCCCUCGUCUCGGCCACUCAGCGCCCUGGGCCCUCCUUCGUCGCGAGGUUGUUGCUCGGCCAGCGCAGUGCCCUCCUCGCGCAGCCAAGCUGGUCGUCACGUGGCUGCGCCACUGCCGCCAUCAGCUCCGCAGGAAGCGCCGCGCCCUACCAGCCGUCCCCGGCCGCGGUCCGCGCCGUCGGCUCCUCCCCUUCCCAAGGCGGAGGCGAAGACGAGGCCCGCCUCUGCCACAGAGGUUCGCUAG